GUGUCAGUAGUGUCAAAAGAAAAGAAGGUGCUGGUCACUGCUCGGGGCUCGGCCCGGUGAACAAUUUAAUUUACUUCACGAAAAUACACUUAAAUUCAGCCACAAAAUAAAUAUCCAUUUUACUUUUACGCUAAGUUGCACAUAUCUUUUACUGGAUUUCAUACAUUAUGGCCGAAAAAAGCAAAAAGGUUAAAUCGGGCCCCUCCGCAAUAGGAAAGUUCUAUCUUUUAGCGUAUAAUGGUAUUCAAACUUUGGGGUGGUCUUAUAUGUUGCUACAAACACUAUCACAUUUUCUGAACCGUGGUAGUUUGGACACAUUUUGGCCUGUAAUCAAAACAACAGUUGUUAUAUUCCAAAAUGCUGCAGUACUUGAAGUUGUACAUUCGUUAAUAGGCCUAGUACCCUCAGGAGUUGCCGUGGUCCUGCCUCAAGUAUAUUCACGUGUGUUCCUGGUAUGUGGGUGUCUACUAGCCACUGAAUCAGCACCUGUUAGCCCUGGUCUACCUCUGUGUAUACUUGCCUGGUCUAUCACGGAAAUUAUAAGAUAUGCAUACUACACACUCAAUUUGAUAAAUUGUGUGCCACAGCCACUGCUGUUUAUGAGAUAUUCAACAUUUUUAAUACUGUAUCCAAUUGGAAUAACAGGAGAGCUCUUAUGCAUGUAUCAUUCAUUGGACGAGGUCGUCGAGAAACAACUUCUUACAAUUUCUAUGCCCAAUACAUGGAAUGUGGCAUUUAAUUAUUACUACUUCUUAGUCUUCUACAUGUUUUUGUACAUUCCCAUAUUCCCGUUCUUAUACGGGCACAUGUUGGCACAAAGGAGAAAAAUGCUCGGAAAUGACACCAAGAAAUCAAAAUAAUAACACCAAUUACAAAAAUAUAUUUUAUCGCACUUAUCACAUUGAUAAGUUUUAUUUUGAAUAUGCAAUGUAGAUAGUAUUUUUGAUUUACAACUUUACACUGUAUUAGUUUACACCAAAAAGUCACCAAGCAGCUUGUUACCCGCAUCGGGUUGGCUUGUCGUGCGUCAUUGAAUCACGGCGCGCGAUUUAUCCGCACCGUAUCUAUUUGACGUAAUUAUCGCGUAGAUACUAUACCAAUAUGGUAGACGUCGUUAAGCAGGAAGCAAGUUUACAUGCAAACAAUUCAAAGACAAAAAUCUGAGCUUGCGGCACGUGCACAGCAGGGCCAAGGCCGUGCGCUUAUAUUUAUGAAUCGAAAAACCUUUAUUCGUUAACGACCUGUUAAAAGAAUACUCAUUUGUUACAUUGCAUUACUUUAACAUAGGUCUAAUAGUGGAUACGGUUAGUUAUUAGGUAAUAUUAAUGGUGGGCUGGGACAUUGAAUGCUAUUUAAUUUAUUUUCGGUUGGCUGGUUAUGGGAAAUGACAUGAAUAAAUAUUUUUUUU